AUGCGGGUCACUCCGAAGGCCGUGAUGAUGAGCCAGAAGGAUCGAACGGUCCAGAUUCUCCAGACCCUAGUAGAAAGCAACAACCACGCCGUCCGCGCAAAACCCUCCCGGCUCAGACUCGUCUGCUGCAGCUCCUCCUCCUCCCUUGCCGCCGCCGCCGCAUCUAACGCACUUCCCUCCGCUGCGGCCCGAGGCAAGAUGGUUCUCCAGAACGACAUCGACCUUCUCAACCCGCCGGCAGAUCUCGAGAAGCUCAAGCACAAGAAGAAGCGCCUCGUCCAGUCCCCCAACUCCUUCUUCAUGGAUGUCAAGUGCCAGGGAUGCUUCAGCAUAACCACUGUUUUCAGCCACUCCCAGACUGUUGUUGUGUGCCCAGGCUGCCAAACUGUCCUGUGCCAGCCCACAGGAGGAAAGGCGAGGCUCACGGAGGGCUGCUCUUUCCGCCGGAAGGGAGACUAG